AGCUUCUCCUUGCAGCUUGGCAAUUUGCUGCGAUCCCUGUCAGCAUGCUGAAUAUCGUUUUUGGCCUAUGUUUCAUCGUUCAUCUGGCGACAACAUAUUGGAUCUCGUCCUCUUCCAGCGACAUUGUCUCAUUUUCGCGCUUGCUCAUCCCAACCUACGAGGUUGCCGAGCCGCGUGCCGACACAAUUGCGGCGUUCAUGUUUACCAUUCUCCGCUGGGAUCAUCUCUUCACAAUUAUCGCGUUCUGGGUGUAUGGUUCCUUCAGCGUUCUCACGAUGCGGGGCUCGGGCAUCAUAACCAGCAUGAGCGCGAUCAAGGCGUUCGGAGCUUUCACAUUAGCACAGCUUGCAACGGGACCUGGCGCUGCAUUGAUGGGACUGUGGCUCUGGCGCGAGAAGACCAUGCGUUUGCCUGUGCCAGGCCGUAGGUGAGCGAUGCUUUCAGGUGCCUGAAUGGCUGCACUGAUGUUCUCACGGCUCUCCGUUCGACGAGCAAUGAAUUGAUAUUUUUUCAUGACGUUCCGGUAUAUGGGCGAGUAAAGAUGAUUGUACGGGCGUUAGUAAUUUUCAUCAUGGGAUCAUCUCGCUCGGGGAUUACACAGCUCCAGAGUUCAAGGAACUUGCGGCACAAAUUUUGUGCUCAAUCUCAGCGCCUCGAAUAUGCUUGCAGCAGGUAAAAACAGCAUUGAUGCUUGUGGAAAUGUUGAGGAAGAACGAUUGAAUGAACUUAGACAGCAUGUCCCUAGGAUUGCUCGGGCUCGUA